CUUUGAACGACCAAUCUUGGGAUCGCAACUCUUCACGAGUCCCGACCCUGCCAUCACUAUUCAGGAUCAUUCGACUCAACGGAUUGAUCUUGUCCUAGUGACAUUGCUCGCUGCAUCAACGCAGCUGGCUUGACCGCCUCCUCCAUCAUCUUGAACGAUUUUGAAGCCACGCUCUUGCAAACAUGGACAGCCUCGAUCUGCCCACUCACCAGCUCAUCCUGGAUGAGCUGGCCCUCAAUCUCGCUGACCAUGUGUCGGCUGGAAAGCUCGACCCAUCCGAGCCUGCCACCGUCUUCUUUGCGAAUGCGAGCAGCUCCAAGAGCAAGACCAGCUCGGGCAUUCAUCUGAGCGCCUCCGCUGCUCGCACUCAGAUCAGUCUGGCCCUAUUCGCUUCAUCGAUCUCCUCGGCAUCGCUCUCCACUACGCAUACGGUGGAUGAGGCGACGGAUGAGCACCUGUCUCCAGUUCUCGAAGAGCUGGUCAAGCACGCCAAGGCGCUGUCAUCGGUCAACAUUGAGGAAGGCAUGAACCUCAUCGACUGGCCUUUGCCCGAUCAGCUCGCAUUCGCCCUCACCUCUGCCCUGCUUAAUAUUGCGCGCAACGCGCCCCAGCAUCGCCAGUCAGCCCUGGACGCUGUGCUUGUCCUUGCUGAGAAUCUGGCAGUGGGCUUGAGCGCAUCGUCUGGCUCGACCCACGCGGUCGCUACACGUCUCGUACCCGCGUUCCAUGGGUUCUAUAGAGCGCUCGCCAGCGUGCCCUUCUCGUGGAGCAUCGCCGAGUUCGCUCGACUUGCAGUCGCUUUGACGCCCAUCACCACCGCAACUGGCAGCACUAAGCGCCUCAACGAUGCCCUUCUGACCCUUCCAGAGCAAAGCGCAGCUCGCGCUCAGGCUGAUCGUGCUACGCGACGCAAGCCCAAGAAGCCAACAGUCCGUCCUCGCGAGGAUGAUGAUGACGACGCACGCAGCGUCGGUUCGGUCGACACGUUCUUUUCCGGUGACGAAAGUCUCGAUGCGGACAACGAGCCAGUGACUGGUGGCUUCAGCCUCGAGAGCGAUGAUGGCGAGCACAUCGACUAUCGCAACUCGUUGCUCGCCCACUAUCGCCGUCUGGGCCGUCCCCUCUCUGGACACUUGGUACUGUGCGGCGCCAUCGAAGCGCUGAGCUGUGUCUUGGCACAAUGUCUGGCCACGCAUGCAAGUCCGCCCAUCUCAAGCUUCGCAGACUAUCAGAAGCAAGGCCUGGAUCAACAGAGCAUCGACCCUGCUCGUGCGGUAAGAGCGGACCGCUUCGAUCUCGUCGGCGACCAGCCAAGCGCUGCCCGUCAUGCCGGCGAACAUGUUGGAGAUGCCACAGCUAAAGCCUGGGCCGCUUUGAUGCGCUUCCCGGUCAAAGACCCCCGCAAGGAGCCGCAGCAACCCCAGGCUGCCAAUGGCCAGUCUCAGCAGAACGGUGCGGGCUCCGGCUUCCUGUCCUCGCUGCCACUCGUGGGCAGCAACAGCAAUACGGCCGCCUUUGGCAACGGCGAUGCAGCUGGCCCCACCACAGCUAGCGUCUCGCAAGGCGUACUGGCUGCUUUGCGAUUCGGCAGUCGCGUGUACCAUGACCUGCAGCGCUUCAUUGAGUCGGAGGGAGCUAAGCGCGGUGAGCUUUUCAUCGACGUCUAUGCACUCGAAAUCCUUUCCGAGGCUCUCAAGCUCGGCGCACUGGCUUCCAUCGCCCAGACACGUAUCUCUCACGCAAGCGUUGACUCGCACACGCUGGUGCGCGUGCGCACCCUGUUGAGCGAGGGUGCCGUAGUCUACGAGCCCGUCGUGCAGAGCGCCGCGCUGCAAUCAGUAGCAGCUCUUGUUCGCAACUACCCCAACCUCGGACUGGCCAUGACCACGCAGCUGCGCCGUUUCGUGACCAGCCCUUUAGCUAUGUUCGAAUUGGACGAAGCGAGCGUCGCGGCGGGCAACGCUUCCAUCGUCUCUCCUCAUAUCGACACCUCCUCCCCCUCUCUCGGCGUUGUCACCAAUCCGGUGCUGGCAAGCGCUGCGAAGUGCUUGGCCAUCUGUGUCACCUCUUCGCAGAACGACGAUCUGCUCAUCAGUACCAUGUACACCUUGCUCAACUAUCUCGGCAAAGAUAGCGCGACUGGCGGUUUCGCUGCAGGCGGUGCCGCAGGCAGCGCUGUCUCAGUCCGAAGCGGAAUCAGCAGAGCCGUCACCGGACGCGACUUUGGAAGCACCAUUGGUGGCCAAGCGGGGCAAGCCGGCGCUCGCACCACUGCUCAGAAGCGUCUCAUCAACAGUUCGACGAUCGCUAUUGUCAGUCGCCUGGCCCUCGAGGUCAACAAGCCGGACGUCACUGCUCUGACGAUCAGCAUGCUGCUUCAAAGGUUACGCACUGCCGAUGAGGUCGCCGAGGGCGCCAUCUUGGCUCAACUCGUUCCGCUUGCGUUGGCAGGACCCAAGUCUAGCUAUCUCGACGUCGUGCGCGCUUUCAGUCAUGCUAGUCGCAGCGCCGUGACGGGUGGCGCGGACCGCCGUGCAAGCUCCGACAUCCUUGCUGCUCAACUUCGCUUGGCUCGUGCUCUCGAUCGUCUGCAAGAAGACGCGGAGACGCCCAGCGAAGGCACGAAGCCAGAUGCGGACGAAGAUUCGGACGCGGAGCGCACGGCUGGCCGCAAAGAGCUUUACCUUGUCGAGCUACUUCAAUUGUACGCAGAAAAGGGCAUGCAGCUGCAAACUAGCGUGGGAAGUGGCAAAGCCAGCAAAGAGGAGACGUCUGAGCUCACAGCGGACUUGGCCGCGCUCCUUCCUGUCAUUGCUGCUGUUCUGGAGCACGAUGACCUGCGCCCUCACGAGCACCCAACGCCGGAGCUCGUCUCUCACUUCCGCAACCUCUGGUUCUUGAGCGUCAUCUUCGGAGUGGCCACUCCUGGCGAGCAGCCUGCACUGACAGGGGCUUCGCGCUCUUCUCGAACGCUUCGUACAGGAGUACUUGCCCAUGCGCUAGGAGAUCCGAGCCCUGUCGCUGAAGCUUUGGGAACCAUCAGUCUCAAAACCCCAGCUCUUGUCCCCGAGACUUCGCACAACUAUGUCGAGUCGGACUUGGAGUUUAACAGCGUUCUCAAGCGUGACUUCAGUUCUGCUGCCCUCGACAAGCAGCGCAAGAAUCUGUCGGCGCUGAUACCAAGUCAUGCUAGCGAAGUGAGCAAGCUUGCCUUCCCUCAGGUGACCUUCCUUAACACCAUCUACAGCUUGGAGUGCACCAGAAGCGCUAUGGGCCAUCCGACCAUGAUCUUGUGGUAUUUCAUCAACGCUGGAUUGAACGCGAGCAGUUUGGCUAAGCCGAUGGAGGGUAUCGCCGAUCAAGUCAUCAACUCUUUCAUCAAGGACCUCUCGCAGCAGGUCAGCGAGCACAAGGUUCAGCCUCGUGUUUCGGAAGAAGUGAAGCGCCUUUUCGUGGCAAGCUGCCAUCGCGUGGAGAAGGUUCGCAGCGUCUCGCGCCGCUUCCUGGACCGCCUCGUCCCGAGCUACCCUAGCUUGCUGUGCGACCAAGACGUCGUCGUGGCGAUGCUCGAGAUCCUUACCCUGCUGCGCCAAGGCUGCGAAGGACAGUGGCGAGACGAAUACGCACCUAUCUAUCACUUCCGCUCGGAGCGGGCGGGUCUUAGCUUUGACCUCACAGACUCCUAUCCUCAGCGAGAAGAGAUACUCUCCUCUUUCUUGCAGCGCACACGCUCCUAUCUUCAAUUGCUCCUGGCUCGCGCACCUGUUGAGCUGCAAAGCAUCCUCAAUCGUUACCUGAGCACAUUUGACGACAACGAAUUGCCAGGCUAUUCUGAAAUGGGGAAAAGCAUCGCGCUCGACUUCUCUCGUGCCAUGCCCACAUCUGGCCCACAAGACGCCUUCUUGCCGACGCUGGGUGGCUGGCGCGCAGACGCCUCCAGCAGCUUCGUCGGCGAGCUCAGUGCCAAGUCUACUUACCUGGGCGAGAUGACUGGAGUGCACCUUGCGCUCACAAAGGGCUUAGUCGAGCUGCAGAAAGACCCCAGCAGCAAUUUCUCGCAAGAUAGCUUGGCUGAGGUCAAGCGCCAGCUCACUACUCUUCAAGCAAGCUUGGUGGAAGGCGCCCCGCCUCCUCCUUUUGCCGAGAUCCGUCGACUUCUGUACCGCUCGGCUGCUCUCGCGGUCGCUCUGCCCCACGCGGACUUUGACAUUCUGCACUUCAUCGUUGCUAUUCCCCUGCGCGUCUUCACGCCGGCGGCGGUCACCACUGCCAGCCAUGUGUGGACCUGGAUCAUCGGCGAGCGUCCCGAGCUGGAGACAAAGGUGAUGGUCGAAGCUUCGAUUGGAUGGGCUGCCACAAUCAAGUCCCGUCGAGGUUUAUUCUCCAACGCGCUCGACGCCGAGCACCCGCUGCUCAAGAAGACGGAAAUGAGCGCAUUCGAUCGCAAGGAGGUGCAGCGCGAGCGGGAGCGCGCCACGAAGCUCUUCGCGCCACAUCUGACGCUGAUCAGACUGAUGUCUAGCCGCUUCCAGGCCUUCCGAUACCGCGAUGCCGCAAUGGUCUUGACGCUUGUCCGCCUGUUGCAGCGUUCCGCUCAAGCGGCGGACCAUAUGAGCACCCACGCUCUGUCUCGCGAAGUCAGAUUCGCUCUCCUGGUCUUCGGCUUCCGCGUCAUUCAGGAAAGUCGCUUGGAUGGCUUGGUGGAAUACCAGCUCCGCGAUGCCUUGUACCGCAUCGCUUUCAGCUGGUUCGCCCUGUCUCCUCAGUGGAUCUUUGGCAGCAGCCGCAUGCAGGUAGCAGCCGAGAUCGCCUUGAUGCGCGAGCUGCUUCAAAUAUUGGCGGCGGACAAGCAGCGCUCCACCUUCGUAGUGACCUCUUUCCCGCCCGCUAUGGAGGGGGUUCGUCUGCCGGGCAAUUUGACGGCAAGCGAUGCGAAGCGCGCUAUGGACGACAAGCGGGUCCUUCUGCAGCUCUUGGUCGAGGAUGAGCUCGGUCGUGCUGUAGUCUGGAACAACCCCCUCAAGGAGUCGAGUCGAGACCCAGACUUUGCUGGAGAGCUUGGAGCAAGCAUGACCGAUUCGAAGUGGGCCUCGAUGGUACGCCUCGCAUGGCGCAUCAACCCGCACGUCGCCGUGCAGAUGGCCAUCCGCAUCCACUCGCCUUCUGUCGAGAAGGAGGCUGGACGUCUCGUUCGCGCACAGCCUCACAAGGUCGUUCGCUCCCGCGAAGCAUUAAACCUGCUCAUCGAGGAUCACCUUCAAUUGGCACAGUCAGAAUCAGCAGACCUCAAGUGGCUGCUGUACUGGGCGCCGGUCACUCCCGUCGAGCUUGUCAACCUGUUCCAGCCUGUCUAUGGCAACAAUGGCUUGCUGCUGCAGUACGCUAUGCGAGCACUCGAACAACAUCCCGUCUCGCUCACCUUCUUCUAUGUGCCACAGAUCGUGCAAGCAUUGCGUGACGAUGCGUACGGAUAUGUCGAGCACUUCAUCUUCCAGACCUCCAAGAUUUCUCAAUUGUUCUGUCACCAGAUCAUCUGGAACAUGAAGGCAAACUCGUACAAGGACGACAAUGGUGAGGUACCCGACCCGAUGAAGCCUACUUUGGACCGUAUGGUGGAUUUGAUUGUUGCGGCGCUUUCCGGCGAAGCACGCUCGUUCUACAAUCGCGAAUUUGGCUUUUUCAACGAGGUUACCGGCAUCUCGGGCAAGCUCAAGCCUUAUAUCAAGAAGAGCAAAGCCGAGAAGAAAGGAAAGAUUGACGAAGAGGUCGCUAAAAUUGAAGUUGAUCCGGGUGUCUACUUGCCCUCAAACCCCGACGGUGUUGUGGUCGACAUUGCUCGCAAGUCCGGCCGUCCUCUUCAAUCACAUGCGAAGGCGCCGUUCAUGCUCACCUUCAAGGUUCAUCGAGACGUGACAGAGUCUCAACAGGACGAAGAGGUCGCACCUGGUGCUGCAUCUGCUGCCAACGUGACCGGAGGCAAGACGACUGGCGUAGAUGUCUGGCAGAUGGCCAUCUUCAAGGUCGGAGACGAUUGUCGUCAGGACGUGCUCGCACUACAGUGUGUUGCCCAGUUGAAGAACAUCUUUGCAAGCGCUGGCCUUGAUUUGUACCUCAACCCUUAUCGCGUCACUGCCACGGGGCCAGGUAUGGGUGUGAUCGACGUCGUGCCCAACGCUACCAGUCGUGAUGAGAUGGGUCGAGCUCAAGUCAAUGAACUCAGCGCUUUCUUCAUUCAGCGAUACGGUAACCGCGACUCGAUCGCCUUCCAGCAAGCUCGUCAGAAUUUCGUGUCUUCGAUGGCGGCGUACAGUCUAAUGUGUCACAUUCUCAACGUCAAGGAUCGUCACAAUGGAAACAUCAUGGUCGACGGUGACGGUCACAUUGUUCACAUCGACUACGGCUUUUUGCUCGACUCGGGACCAGGUGGCAUGCAAUUCGAGCCGCAAUUCAAGCUAACGAACGAAUUCGUCAACCUGAUGGGCGAAGAAGGCCUCAAGACAUUCAGCUCCAUGUUUGUCCGCGGCUUCUUGGCGCUCAGGUCAUACGCCGAGCCCCUCAUCGACAUGUGCACGCUGAUGGCUGGUGCCGAUCUAGGAUGCUACAAAGGAAACCCUACUCAGGCUCUCGCGCGCCUUCGCCAGCGUUUCGCUCUGCACCUCAAUGAGCGUGCGGCUGCCGAGUACGCUAUCGAGCUGAUCAACGAGGUCAAGGGUUCCAUCCGUAGCAGAGCCUACGACGAGUUGCAGCGCGUCACGAACCAAAUUCCGUACGCCAAGUAAGAUUCCUUUGGGAUGCUGCAUCUGCUUUGCCCAUCGCCAGCAACUUUCCACACUCUUUUCGCUGGGCUGUCUCGUCGCAGUCUGUCAUGCUGCUGGGUAUCUUUCCGCCACUCCGCUCCCUGCCCACUUUAUUGCUCGAUCGCUGUUGCCACUCUGCCUGCCCGCUGGCUUCUCAACCUGCCGCCGACGAAUGGAACGUGAUGUCUCCUCUUUGCGUCCAUGCUUCCGCACAAAGUGUGCGACAUUUGGCGGUG